AUGGUGAAGCUGGGGAGCAAUCUGAGUGACAAGAACACUAAGGAGGCUUCUGCCGAAGAUGGCUUUCAGACGGUGCCUUUGAUCACACCCUUGGAUGUAAACCAUCUGCAGUUUUCUGCUCCAGAGAAGGUGGUUGUGAAGACAAGGACAGAGUAUCAGUCUGAACAAAAGAACAAGAAGAUACGAGUGCCGAAAAUUGCUGAGUUCACUGUCAGCUUUACAGAUGGGGUGACCGAAAGGUUAAAGGUACUGUAUCUCUUUUUUCAUUUCUUAGAUUACAGAGAAUACCCUGAUAUUAUGUUUGUUUAGUGUGAUAUUUUACAGAUGAAUUGGCUUCCACAUUUUGUCUAAUAAGAAUGUCUUUGUUUAAAUGUUGUAUUUAAUAAUGGCGCAGUUUAACAAUUUCAGGAUUUAGAUACAAUGGAACUCUGAGAAAACAGUUCAUACUUCCAAACAAUUGUUCCAAAUCCUGUCC